AUGACUAUCUUGGCUGCUCUUUCUUCAAUGAACAUCUCUGCUUCAUCCAUGACCAAGUCUGCUAUUGGAGGCUCAUCUGGAAUGGGUGCUGGACAGGGUGGAAACUCGGUUGCUUGUGCUGGCUGCGGAGGAUGUGGUGGUUGUGGACAUGCUGGAAUUGGUCUCAAUGCCAAUAUUGGUCUUGACCUCAACCUUGGUGGUGUUCUCGGUGCUGUUGGUGGUCUCCUCGGUGGCUUGCUGGGAGGUGGUUGCCCAAGACCAUGCAGACCAUGC